UUGAAAACAAAAAUGGGUGGCGCCAAAGCUUGACAACAAAGCGGCUGUUUGGAGUUUUUAACGGAUAGUUAGCUUCUCUUCAGCUAAACUAAACAUAAACUUCUUCUUUCUAGUUCGGGAUUUAACGGAAAGUUGGUCGCUUUGGACAAAAGUUUCCGGUUGGAGCUGCUCAGAUGUCAUGAUGUCUGGAAGGACGGAGCAGCUGCUGGUCGUUGUGUCCGUCCUGGAAGGUCGCCACUUCCCCAAGAGUCCUCGGCUCAGUCUGGUGGUUCAGGCGAGCUUCGACGGCGAGCAUCUUUCCACGGAUCCGGUGGAGCAUCGAGAGCAGCCUCAGUUCAGCACCGAGCUGGCCUGGGAGCUGGACCGCCGCAUGCUGCACCAGCACAGACUUCAGAGAACUCCCAUAAAGCUUCAGUGUUUCGCCGUCGACUCCGUCAGUAAGAAGAGGGAGAACGUCGGCUACAUCGUGCUGGACCUGCGAUCGGUUCAGGAGGUCAGGCAGGAGCCUCGCUGGUUUCCUCUGCUCAGCAGUAAAUACACCAAACAGAAACCAGCUCUGCUCCUCAGCAUGCAGCUGGAGAACGACAGCAGACCUUCAGAACCUUCACCGGACCGCUUCAAGGCCAAGAAGGCUCCUCCUAGACAAGGCUCCUCGUCGGUCACGGAUCUUCUCCUAGACAGGCUGGAGGCGGUUCUGGUUCCAGAUCAGGGCUACCAUCAGGUCGGACCUGCAGAUCUCUGCAGCGAGGUCUUCGUCCUCUCUGUCACCGUGGCGUUCGCUACCAAACUGGAACAGCUGAUCCCCAGCACCAUGAAGCUGUCGGCCGAGGGCUCAGACUUCUUCUUCUACUACUCUCUGCUGGGCAACGACAUCACCAGCGAGCCGUUCCACAACCUGCUGAGCCCCGACUUCGAGCCGGAGCGCGCCUCGGUGCGCAUCCGCAGCAGCAAACAGAUCCUGCAGAGCUUCCUGUCCCAGCAGCCCAGUUUACAGAUCCACCUCUGCUGUGGGAACCACUCCCUGGGCAGCACCGACGUUUCCCUCUCGGCUCUUUCUGCUGUUUCUGUGGAUCUGGAGGAGAAGCCGGCGACGGUGGAGGGAGCGUUCGUCCUGGAGCCUCCGAGACAAAACAAACUGAAGCUGCCGGUGGUUCCUGUGGACCUGCAGCCGACUGUAGGAGUCGCUGUUACCCUGAGGAGGGAGGAGGUCCCGCCACAGUCUGUAGGGAAUAAAGAAGGUGCUGGAGCUCCUCCUCCUGCUGCUCAACAAAGACCUCGAAGCUGCUCUCCAGUCAGAAAACCUCCAGACCCUCCUCCUCCUCCUCCUGCUACUGCUCCUCUUCCUCCUCCUUCCUCCCACACUGAGAGUGAAGCUGAGAGUCUUCUGGAGGAGCUUCAACGAGCCAAAGAUCAGGCAGAGCUGGCAGCUGCAGAUGUGGAGGUUCCUGACGUUCUUCACCAUCCUCCUGGAGCUGAAGGUGGAGCUGAAGGUGCAGCUUCGUCCGUCAGCGUUUCUGCUCCCAAGGUUUCCAUCCCGUCCUCGGCUCACCACUACUGCUUCUCUCUGGACCUCCGCAGCCUCGGAAACCUCAGCCUGACUCACCCCAUCGCCGCUACGCUCAGAUAUUCGUACCAGUUCUUCGGCAGUGCGGCUCCCAUCAUGACCAACCCUCCUGUGGAGCUCAGCAGGAACAUGGAGGUUUGUCUUCCUCAGUCGUACUGCGCCUUCGACUUCGCUGCUCUUCCACAGCAGCUUCAGGACACCUUCCUCAGGUUUCCUCUGAUCGUAGAGGUCUGGCACCGGGACGCCUCCAGCAGAGACCAGCUGAUUGGCCGAGCCUCCGUCCUGCUGUCCCACCUGCUGAGUUCUGACAGGAGCCGGUUCCUGGGGCCCGCCGGAGAGCAGGGCUGGAGACAGAGCCACCAGGACCGGGUCCCCGUGGUCCAGACCCAGCGAGCGGCUGAGAAGGUGGCAGAGCUGAGCUACGUGGCCACGCUGGAGGACCUGGGCCUGGUUAAAGCCACCGAGGUCAUCGUGUCCGAGUCGUCACAGAAUGAACCUCCAGCCCUCACUCGGCCGUCCUCCCACCCAGCGGCUCCCGUCCGGCCUCCGGCUCCCAGAGAAACGCUGGAGUAUCGGACGGCUCUGGAGCUGGAGCUGUGGAAGGAGGAGCAGGAGGAUCUGUUCGACCACCAGCUGAGGAAGAAGGAGUCGAGCCACAUGCAGGCGCUGGCAGAGGAGUGGAGGAAGAGGGACCGAGAGAGGGAAGCUCUGGUCAAGAAGAAGGAGGUGGAAUACAACCAGCUGGAGGAGCAGCUUCAGAAAACCCUGUCUGAUCUGGAGAAGAGAGAAAAGCAGCUGGCCGAGGCCGAACUGGAGACCCAGAGGCUGCAGAGGGAGCUGAGAGCUGAACAUGAUCUGGUCCAGAGGCAGCAGCAGGACGCCAGCAGGAGGCUGCAGCAGGACUGUGACCACCGGGUGGCGCUGGAGAGAGAGAAGGUCCGUCUGAUGGAGGAGGAGCGAGGACGGCUGCUGCAGCAGAUUACAGAUGCAGAGUCUCGAUACAAACAUCUGGAGAGAGAGUUCCAGAUGUUCAGAGAGCAGCAGAACGUCAGACCAGAGUUCAGACUGCAGGCAGACAUCAACCUGCUCACUCUGGAGAAGGUGGAGCUGGAGAGGAAACUGGAGUCGACCACUAAAUCCAAACUUCACUACAAGCAGCAGUGGGGUCGAGCCUUAAAGGAGCUGGCUCGCUUCAAACAGCGCGAGCAGGAAAACGCCAUGAGCCGUCUGAAGAAGCAGCAGGCGGAGCUGGAGGCCAUGAGGCUGCGUUACCUAGCAACAGAGGAGAAGGAGGCGAUGCGACACGACCGGCAGGAGCUGGACGACAUCAGGAACCAGCUGAACAGGUUAAAGCAGCAGGAGCAGCUGUCAGGCCCCGCCCCCUCCACCUCUGACUCCGCCCCCUAUCCGGGUGAGGAACACCUGAGCCGCCUGCUGGAGGAGCGAGACACGCUGCUGAGGACCGGAGUUUACACGCAUGAAGACCGCAUCAUCGCCGAGCUCAACAGACAGAUUCAGGACGCCAUGACGACGGCCAAUCAGAGGAGACCUGAGCACACCUGAGCUGCAGGCUGAUGAUCCGUCGACUCUAAACGAUGGAAAACAAACGUCCAGCUGUCGUCAACUGAAGUCUGUGAAGCUUCAUCCUGCUGGUUUUUCAUGUUUUAAUCUUCAAAUUACUGAUGAGUCUAACCAAACUGCAGACUUUUACACUCCAUGAUGAUGCGUUCAAUGACAGUGGAGCAUCUUGUGGAACCUUCUGUUAAAUAUCGCCGACAUUUUGGAGAGUCAGUGAACUUUUAGAGGAAAGAGCAGCUUAGAUGAAGAAAAUCAUGUGAAAGCCAGCAUGACUGUGAGUUACUGAACAUGUAAAAUGAAGCAUAAUGAGGCUGCAGUCUGACAGCAGGUGGCGCUGCAGCCUCAGGAAAGUCUGCAGACAAUAAGAGACGUUAAUUUAUUUUUUUUAUCAUCGGAGAGUCUGUUUAGAAUAAAUUAUUUUUGGAUAAAAGAUGAUCUCUGUGCUAGUUUUUAUUGAUCCUGUUUCUAGAAUAAAGAUAUUUAACAGUC